GGAUCUCUGCCCCAACAUGAUCGCGGCCCAGGCCAAGCUGGUCUACCAUCUGAAUAAAUACUACAAUGAGAAAUGCCAAGCCAGGAAAGCUGCCAUUGCCAAAACUAUCCGGGAAGUCUGCAAAGUUGUUUCCGACGUACUUAAGGAAGUGGAAGUCCAGGAGCCCCGGUUCAUCAGCUCUCUCAACGAGAUGGACAAUCGCUACGAGGGCCUCGAGGUCAUCUCCCCCACCGAGUUUGAAGUGGUGCUUUACCUUAACCAAAUGGGGGUGUUCAACUUUGUGGACGACGGCUCCCUGCCCGGCUGCGCGGUGCUGAAACUGAGCGACGGGCGCAAGAGGAGCAUGUCCCUCUGGGUGGAAUUCAUUACCGCCUCCGGCUACCUCUCGGCGCGCAAAAUCCGGUCCAGGUUUCAGACACUGGUGGCUCAAGCGGUAGACAAAUGUAGCUACAGGGAUGUGGUAAAGAUGGUGGCAGACACCAGCGAAGUGAAACUGAGAAUCCGAGAUAGGUACGUGGUGCAGAUCACCCCGGCUUUUAAAUGCACCGGGAUCUGGCCGAGGAGUGCUGCCCACUGGCCACUUCCCCACAUCCCCUGGCCGGGACCCAACCGGGUGGCGGAGGUCAAAGCCGAAGGGUUCAAUCUCUUGUCCAAGGAGUGCCACUCCCUGGCCGGCAAGCAGAGCUCGGCCGAGAGCGACGCCUGGGUGCUGCAGUUUGCGGAAGCAGAGAACAGACUGCAGAUGGGGGGCUGCAGAAAGAAAUGCCUCUCCAUCCUUAAAACGUUACGGGAUCGUCACCUGGAAUUGCCCGGGCAGCCCCUGAACAAUUACCACAUGAAGACUUUGGUUUCCUACGAGUGUGAAAAGCAUCCCCGGGAGUCGGACUGGGACGAGUCUUGCCUGGGUGAUCGGCUUAACGGGAUUUUGCUGCAACUUAUCUCUUGCCUGCAAUGCCGGCGUUGUCCUCACUACUUCCUACCGAACUUAGAUCUGUUUCAAGGCAAACCUCACUCGGCUCUGGAGAACGCUGCCAAACAAACGUGGCGCCUGGCAAGAGAGAUCCUAACCAACCCGAAAAGUUUGGAAAAACUUUAGAGGACAAUUCAAUUUAGACCGAAAUGUGAUUACUCUUUUCAAAAUUCUAAUUACGUGUAAACUUCCUGUUCGAUUCCUAUCUAAUAUUCCAUUUGACAGUGCAAACAAUCUCCUCCUUAAAAAGGAAGAGUAAUACAAUGUUUAGGCAUCAUCUCAC